GAUAGAUAGAGACUUGUAUCUCUAUCCUAUCGAGAAAAGUUGCGCCUGCUUGCCUGUCUACAAUUUUUAUGCAUCUAUUCCCUUCCCAGGAUAACCUCUCUAUGUGCUCCCAAAUUCCCCUCAUCCCCUUCUCUUGGAAUAUGUAAUAUCCCCAUCUUUCUCUUCCAGAGUCCACAAGCUAAUCCAUCCAUAGUCAGUAAAUGUUAAGAAUCUCAGGUGAUUGAUAAAUUUGUUGCCUUUUCAUUCUUUGAACACCGUGAUAAACCAAAGGUAAUCGAUUCAACAAGUUGGGUGUGAGGGCACUAGAUCGUAUCCAGCAAAUUGUUUUCUCCUGUCCAAGCUGCUAAGCAAAUUGUUACCUCAGGUUUAUGCUCUGCUCUAUCUCUAGGGUUUUCUAUGCUAUGCUUUGCUUGGGGACAGUUAAUGUAAAAUAGAAACAACCCAAAAAAAGAGGCAUCAUUCACUGAUUUGUCACUGCUGGGCCAAAGAAGGUUCCAAACACUUUACAGGGUUGGCGUAGGUUCAACAAAAUGCAUACUUCUCACACUGUGGUAGGCCUUAUUAUGGCGUGGACAGAAUUAGCAUUAGAUUCAUUUGCGCAAGUGUGCUGUCAUUUCCAUGAGAAGAAAUGUCAUAGAUUCUCUUCUAAAAAUUUGGACCUACCUUGUCCUUGGCUUGUUUCUUGACAGAUAAUGAAAAUACAUGAAACUGAUGGUUUCCGUUUCUUUUUCUUUUCUUUUUUUUUUUAAAUUUUGGUUUGCAAAGGAUGGUUUUUGUCUCUUAAUAGUCACCAAGUGUGCUUCACAUGCAUUUGCACUCCUUUGCGUUUCACUUUCUUUGAAAAAGGCAUUAAUGCUCUAGUUAUACAUGCUGAGAAAACUUAAUUAGGUAGAGAAAUAAAUAAAAAAAAAGACAAAAAAUGGAGAUUAUAAUAGCAUGUUUAAAAUGGCAAAGAAAAGUUAUCUUUAAAAUAGGCCAAAGAAUUUUAUAUAUGAACCGUCCAAAAUUCUUUUAGAGAAGGAAUAACACUCUUGCGGUUUUAUUUCUCUCUCUUUUGAUCAACACGUCUCAAGGAAAGCAUAUAAAAGAGGGAAGGUGGACACCAGCUUUUACUCGUGGUUAUAAACUUCUAAUGGCAGGGCCUGAUAAUCAAGACAAGCUUAUCGACAGAAGAGACUUUGUGACGAUCUUAGCAUCUCAAGGGGUCGAUUUUCUUCUUUCGGGUGAAGGAAAGGUACCCUUAUCAUCAUGUGAUGGGAAGAUAAUUUGCCUGUUCUUCUCCGCAAACUGGUGCAGGCCAUGCAAAACCUUUGUUCCUCAGCUUGUGCAACUUUAUAAUAGCCUGAGAGUUGAGGAUAAAAAGCUAGAGAUUAUCAUGGUCUCCUUUGACCGUGAUGAGGAUGGAUUCAAGGAACACUUCAAGUGCAUACCGUGGCUUGCAGUUCCAUUUGACGUGGAAUUGAACAGAAAAUUGAGUGAAAUCUAUGGCAUCAAUCGCAUUCCAUCAUUUGUUUCAUUGGCUUCAGAUGAAAUAUCGAUUGAAGAAGAUCUGAUUGGGUUGAUAGAGGAUUAUGGCUCCCAAGCAUUUCCCUUUACCUGGAAGAGAAGAGAGGAAUUGAGGGCUAUCGAUGAUGCAAAGCGCCAAGGAGGAAAUUUAGAACAGCUUUUGGCACAUGAAGGACGAAAUUAUGUUUUAUCUAGAGAUGGUAGAAAGAUACCAGUAUCUGAACUUGUUGGGAAAACAGUAGGCCUGUAUUUUGGAGCAUACUGGUGCCCUCCUAGCCGUGCCUUUACUGCCCAGCUAAUAGAAACCUACAAUGAGCUGGUAACCACAGGGGAUGGAUGCUUCGAAAUUAUAUUGGUGUCCACAGAUCGAGACCUUAUAGAAUUUAAUACCAACCUAGGUAACAUGCCAUGGCUUGCCAUUCCAUACGAGGAUAGGACGCGGCAAGACCUGUGUAGGAUCUUCAACAUUAAAGGGAUUCCUGCUUUGGUGAUAAUUGGGGAGGAUGGGAAGACUAUCAGCAUGGAUGGGAAGGGGAUGAUUUCUUUGUACGGUGCCAAGGCCUUCCCGUUCACAGAAAGGAGGAUUGCAGAGAUAGAAGCAGGGUUGAAAAAGGAAGGAGAUGCAUUGCCUCAGCAAGUGAAGGACAUAAAGCAUCAUCAUGAACUGAAAUUGGACAUGGCAAAAGCCUAUGUGUGCGACUGUUGUAAAAGGCAAGGGAGGUUCUGGGCAUUCUCUUGUCAAGUGUGUGAUUAUGACCUUCACCCUGGAUGUGUGCAAAAAACAGAAUGAUGUGAUCUGAAGAGAGUAAUACUAGUGAUAAUAAUAUUAAAUAUUAAUAUUCUAGCAGUAAGCAAUGCAUUAAUUAUUUUGGGUA